AUGGUAGCUAGUAGAAUGCAGAGAUGGGCUAUUAUUUUGUCAGCUUACUCAUUUAAUAUCGAGUACGUGCGCACCGAUCAAAAUGGAGCGGAUGGGUUUUCAAGGUUACCGUUAGCUCUGAAGAGUCAAAUAACUUCGCUCGCACAGCCAGUGCAAACUCACUUGCAUUUUGUACAACAGUCAUUAUUAUUAGAUUAUAAUGAGAUUAAACAUAAAACAUUGCGGGAUGCAGAACUAUCAAAAAUAUUGAGUUAUGUGAGAGAUGGGUGGCCUGACGAGUGUGACCUGCGCAAUUUAAAACCAUACUUUAAUAGGCGGAAUGAACUGUAUGAAGAAUUAGGAUGUAUCAUGUGGGGGCACAGACUAGUGGUACCGGAAGCUUGUAGGAAUAAAGUUAUAUUGAUGUUGCAUGAACCACACAUGGGUAUAGUGAAAUCAAAGGCUUUAGCACGUAGCUAUGUGUGGUGGCCCGGGGUAGAUGAGGCAGUGGAACACAUGUGUCGGGCGUGCGAAGUUUGUGCAACCCAGGCGGACGCGCCUUCUCGGCAGACACCACGCAUGUGGCCCUGGCCGAACCGACCCUGGAGCCGGAUACAUAUUGACUACAUGGGACCUAUAGGCGGUAGAACAUACCUAGUUGUGGUUGAUGCCACCUCUAAAUGGUUGGAGGUUUUCAAUGUUUCGAGCACUACAGCAGUUAAUCUAAUAGAUAGAUUAUCUGAGUUGUUUAGUAGAUGGGGUUUGCCGAGACAAAUAGUUAGUGAUAAUGGGACACAGUUUGCAUCAAAAGAAUUUCAGGAAUUUACACAGUUUAACGGUAUAGAACACGUUUUUACAGCCCCUUACCACCCGGCUUCUAAUGGCUUAGCAGAAAAUGCAGUUAGAUUACUAAAACGCGUUAUUAAAAAGGCUAUCUUUGAAAAACAAAAUAUAGAUAAGGCAGUGUGGACAUUUUUAAUGCAUUAUAGGAACGUAGAACAUUCGACCACAGGAGAAAGCCCCGCUAUGAUCUUAUUAGGCAGGCGCAUACGUACCCGACUAGAUAUUAUAAAACCGGAUAGGGAAAACAAAGUACAUAGAGCACAAAAACGGCAGGCUGAAUCUGUACGGGGAGCGAGUAGAUGCAUAGGGGGUGAAGGGGAUGAAGUAUGGUACCGACAAUACUUGAAAGGAGAAAAAUGGGUUCCUGGUAGACUAGUGGAGAGUUUGGGUCCUAGCAACUAUCGAGUCCAGGGUCAAAGCGGGGAAAUAGUACAUAAGCACAUUGACCAAUUGCGUAGGAGAACAGGGAACAGAUUAUCCGUAGCAGCUAGUGGUCCUAGUAUAACGGAGCGAUCGGACACGGAUUCUCAGACGAUUAGCAGGGAGGACGGCAAGGAGAUUGGUGAGCGGGUUCAGUCGGAGCGGUCGCCGGAGCGCGUGGUGACGUCGCGCGACGUGGCGUCACCAGCUCGGCUGAGUAGGGAUACACCGGUAGAUGUUCAGCCUUCAGCGGAGAGUCAGGUUGCCUUGCCUCAAGUGUCGCAGCCCCCACAACGAGCCGGAGGAGUGUAA